UUUGCUUGUGUCAACAAAACGGCGUCGUUUAUUUCACCGAGAUUUUACGGAAUUUACCUCAGGAUUUUAUUGUUAAUCUAAGUUGUAGGCUUAUUAUUCCCUCUGUUUUAUAUCGCUUCAAAAGCGAAUUGCGUGUAUGGUGUAAAAUCUUGAUUUAUAAAAAAAAACCCCAAAUGACUGGGAGAGCCAAGAAAGCGGCAGCGCCAAAGAAAAAAGCCAAUGGAUACAAAAUGCCAGCACCUAUUGCCGUAGGAGAGGUGAUCAAUGAUCCUAUCGGCAAGAAAGCCUGGCGCAUAGGUCCUUCAAUUGGGGUUGGAGGCUUUGGCGAAAUCUACUCUGCUUGUGAAAAUUCAAGCUCACCUAAAAAAGGAUCAAACUAUCCUUUUGUUGUAAAAAUUGAACCACAUGAGAAUGGCCCGCUGUUUGUAGAGAAACAUUUCUAUGUUCGAAAUGCCAACAAAGAUGAUAUUUCAAAAUUCAUGCAGUUAAAGAAAUUACGCAGUUUGGGCAUGCCCACGUACCAUGGCAACGGGUCUCACGUGUACAAAGGCGAGAAAUACCGAUAUUUGGUCCUGGAACGUUACGGGAAAGACGUGUGGAGCUUGUUCAAAGACUGCGGGAGACUGUUCCCACCCGCAACUGUUUUCCAACUGGGAUUGCAAAUGCUAGAUGUCCUAGAAUACAUACACAGUCGGGGCUACGUCCACGCCGACAUUAAGGGUGCCAACAUUCUCAUGGGACUCCAGAAAGGCAAGGAGAACCAGGCGUUCCUCGUAGACUUUGGCCUCGCCACAAGAGUAUCAGACAAGGAGUUCAAACCGGACCCCAAAUGUGCACAUAAUGGGACUAUUGAGUAUACCAGCCGGGACGCUCAUUUGGGAGUGCCAACGAUGCGGGGUGACCUGGAGAUCUUGGGUUACAACAUGCUGCAGUGGCUCGUUGGGGAGCUGCCGUGGGAGAAGAACCUGAAAGUGCCCAAGACUGUCCAGGACAUGAAGGAAGCUUUCAUGAAGAAUGUGAGGAGUAAUGUUACCAAACAGUAUAGCAGUGUGCCUGAUGAACUUGUCAAAUUCUUUGAAUACAUAAACACUUUGAAACCAAAAGACACACCAGACUACACGAAAUGCCGCCAAAUGUUUGAAAGUUACCUAAAGAAGCAGGGUGUUACUAUUAACAGUAAGAUUAACUUUACCCCUGGCAAGGCCAAGACUGCCAAAUCUGUGAAAAAUGUCAUUAGUGUUGAGAGUGAUAAGGAACUGGACUCUAGUGAGGAAAAGAUUGUUAAGAAGAAAAAACCCAACGGGGUAUUACCUAAAGCUCAAAGAGGAAGAAAGCCGAAAAUAGAAUCAAGCAUAGAACAGAAUGAUGAUGGAAAUUCAGAUAAUGACAAGGAUUCCGAUUACGAAGCAUUGUCAACUAAAAAACAGAAACAAAAUGGAACAGCGAAAAUAGUUAAAAAAGGUCGAAAACCUAAAGUUGUAACAAAUGAGGAUGCUAAAAACCGUGACAAUGAUGAAGUGGAUGAUAGUGGUAAAUCAGAUGACGAUAAUGAUUCAGACUACGAAGCAUUAUCGAGUAAAAAACAGAAGCAAAAUGUCAAAGUUAGAAGGGGUCGCAAACCUAAGAUAGUUGAAUCGAGUCCAGAGAUCGAUAACUGUGAGAAUGAAGAGCCUGAUACGGAGGAUAGUAUAGACACUAAGAAAUCGCCGGGCAGAAAUAACAAGAGAAGGUCGAACGAGCCCGCCGUAGUCGUCAGAGUAAAGAAGGCUAAAUUGACGCCGAAGGCCACGCCGCCGGCGAAGAAAAACCACGCUAACAUCGCGACGCAAACGUCCACAGACAAACGACGAAGCCCGAGGCAGGUCUCCUUCGACAGCCCCAUAUGUGAGAUCAUAGGAGAAAAGAAACCAUUUAACGCAAAAGAUAAUGGAUCCGCUGACUCAAGCGUCGACAUUUUUGAGGAUUCUUUCGAGACUGAACAGAAGAAAGUUAAGCCCAGGAGGAAGUUACUAUCACAACAAGAAGUUACGGUGAAAAAAGUUGUUAAGAAAACAGUAACAUCAACCAAACCGAAAGGAAAAUUGAAAAGUCCUUAAUUUUUGUAAGCAAAUAUUUGUAUGAUGUUGAUGACUUCGUAUCAUGUUUUAGUGCGCGAGUACUUAGUGCCAAUUUUGUACAAUUACAAUCUGUAUGUGGAAUUCCAUUGUAUGCAUUUAUAUUUUUAAAGGUCACAAUUUCAAAGUUUACAAUUUGUUUUAAUCUGUACAUUUUUGUGUGUUUGUCUUUACAUCUGAAAAAUUAUUUCAGUACAUUUAGUGUUAUUUUUAGUCUAUUUAAGGAUUUUAGCGAAAUAAUGCCUUUUUCACCGCAAUUUAAAUAUACCUUCUUAUUUUAACCAAUCAUAACCAAGUAUUUUCAGACGCCGAUUUAUGAUUGGCUGAGCUGUCAAAACGUGAAACGUCGAUAUGCAGCAUGCGGUGUGAGCGUGCCUUUAGCGAUAUUGAAUUUAAAUUGUUAUUUAAUACAUAUUAACGUGCCAAUGCUCAGUUAUGUGUUACAUUAGUAUGUAGUUACAAAAAAAUUGUUUUCUUUAUACUAAGGCGUAAGAAGCGACGUUAUUAAGGUGUCGAAAACUGAUCAAAUAAUUUAAUCAGGAUUAGCCGAUGACUACAAAAAAGAAAAAAAAGUUCUGUUCUAUGCAAUUUUACGGUAAAAAAAAAUUGUGUAUAAAAUAUCCCUUUCGUUUGUGCUAGAAAAAUACCCUAAUCACAAUAAUACACUAAAUGAAAAUAAAUCAUUUAUUUAAUAUCAUCCCUGUAAAGUACCUUAUUUUAAGAAAAUUUGGUUCAAAUGUAUGUAACCAUCUUGUUCUUGGUUGGAACCUUUUUAUUGAAAAUCUUAUUGUUAUUUCAAUUGUAUCAAUUAAUAAUUGUGUGAAUGAAAUGUGUUGCGCUGUUUGUGUUGACGGCUGUCUGAAUUGUUUCAUGUUCACUGUAAGAUUGCGAAUAAU